GCACGCCGCCGUCACGGCGACAGAACGCUAGCGACACCGGCCGCACCCGUACGCUCUUCACUCGCGCAACGCAACACGAUAAUAUCGAUUGAAAGUUGUUCAUCUCGCUCGCAGUCAUGUUCGCCUGCACCGCCGCUGUCGUCUGUAGCACGCUGUUCGCCACUGUCGCGGCCAGGCGCGGCCAGACCGUCGCGCAGGCCCGUUCGACGACGGCCGCGGAUUGGCGCGAAGACGUCGUCGACGCGACCGGCGGCUCUACGCUUUCGCUCGGCACCGUCACUUCGGGCGGCGGUUCUUCGUGCUGCAACGGGCCAUACACCACCGACCACCUACCGUCGUAUACCACCGACCACCUACCAUCGUACAACACCGUCGCAGGUCCUCGUGAAAUCCCCUUGAAUCUCAUAUUGGAACUGAAUCAACUGAAGAAUGUGUCAGAAUUUUUCUCUAAAUACAUGCCGGACACAAAUACAAAUGAAGCUCAAAAUCUUUUCGCUACGACAGGUUUUCAAAGCCGAACUGAGCUAAAUGUAGAAAGAAAAGCAACGUUGACACCUAAGCCAGCCGGUUGUUCUGUUGAAUCUCAAACCGUCAGCCUUAAAGAUACUGACGAUCAAAGUUUGUAUUAUUAUCCAACGUGUACUCGGGUGAACCGAUGUGGAGGUUGUUGCGCCCACGACUUAUUGGGAUGUCAACCGACCAAAGUCGAAACCCUCAACUUCGAAGUAUUAGUCUCACAGUAUAAUGAUAAUGGAAAAUUACAAUUUAAAGGUCGAAAAACGGUGUCAAUAGAUCAACACUUGAAAUGCAAGUGUGGAUGCGUUGUUAAACCCGAAAAUUGCACCCCUUUGCAAACGUAUUACCCCAAUGAAUGUCGUUGUACGUGUAGCAAUGAAGAAGACCGCGAGAAGUGUAACAAAGAAUACGAUUUAAAGCUAUGGAAUCCAGCGACUUGCACAUGCCAAUGUCGUGAAAUAAAAGAAUGUACUUCAGGAUUUGCAUUUGACUAUAACACUUGCGGGUGUGAAGCUUUAAGAAUUAGAAUGAAAAACCCUGGUUAUGAAUUUAACAAAAACACGUAUUCAUUGGGAGGAACGUGACCUAAUCUAAAUGUUGAUGUAAAUAAUACAUUUAUUGAAAAUGAAUAACAUUUUAUUGUGUAUAGGAUAGAACAUUAAUUUUUCUAUUAGAUAAGUUUAUUUAUUUUAUAUUUUGCUCUAUUGAUUUGUAUGUUGUAUACUUGUAUUUAUAUAAUUUUAUAUGAAGCCAAAUGGUAUUCAUUUAUUUUUAAUUAUGGGUGCUUAAUAGUAUUCCUAAAACGCUUUUAUUGUUCCAACAGUUUUUGAUAUAUUUUUUUUUGUUUAGUUAAUAAAAAACCUACUGUAAAA